AUGCUUGAAGGUUAUCAAAAGUGUUUCUUAGGAGCAGUCAAAGCCAUUGAUCAAGUGGUUACUAAUCCUAAAGAUCAUAAGUCUAUUAAUGAAAGUUUAGAGAAAAUAUCUAUUAGAUUUAUUCAUAUUUAGAGUUACUAAGGAAUGGAAAAAAUCUGUAAAUCUAUCAAACUGUUCAAAAUAAACAUUGAUUGA